AUGGCCCAUGCCCCACCUUCACCUUUGACCCCCAGUAAUAUCCCACGCAACCUAAGCUACAUCGCAGGCCUGUAUGAGCGAGCGUACUACCGCACCGCACGGCCAAGCCUGGCAGAGGACUCGGGAACCGAAGGCUCCGAAUCGGAGUCAGAGAGCAGGCCUCGGAGCCGGCCCAGGAGACGUCGGCAUCUCUUUGGAGGACCCAAACGGAGGGGAAGGCGCCGGACUCGCUCAGCCCCUGCCCGGGGCAGGAGCAGGGAGGCCUCACGCAGCCGGAGCCCUGGGACACGCAAGAGGGUUCGCUUCGCUGACUCGCUGGGCCUAGAGCUCACCAGCGUCCGGCGGUUCUGGCCCAACGAUCUUCCGCAGGUGCCGGAGCGUGUCCAUGCCAAGCUGAGGCGUGACUCCCUGAGCCACUUUGCCCCUUGCCUGCCUUUUUGCCCACCUGUGAAGGAUGACUAUGAUCCUUUGAGCCUUCGGUACCUGCUCGAACCCACAUUCCCAGAUCCCCUGUCCAUGCCAGAUUUCUUACCACGCCUCCUGACGCAGUGUGUGCUCCUCGAAGGAGCCCGUGCCGAGGGGUCUUGUGUCUCCGGCACCAUCCGGGUGCUCAACUUGGCUUAUGAAAAACGGGUCUCUGUGCGAUACACCUGGGACUCUUGGGCUACCCAACAUGAAGCUCGGGCAUCCUACGCCGCCCCUGCCGGCCGGGGCCGGGACCACGCCGACCGCUUUGCCUUCCGUCUGCCGCUGCCUGUGCCACUGCCCCUGGGGGUCAUCCUAGAGUUUGCACUCUGCUACACUGUGGGUGGGAAUGAGUUCUGGGACAACAACCAAGGCCGCAACUAUGCCCUGCAGCCUCCGCCCUGCGUGGACGAGGAGGAGGAGCCCUCCAGCCCGAUUCACGAUUGCUGUGAGACGGGAUGGAUACACUUCCUAUAG